CUUGGGACUGGCUUGACCUACUGGUCGCGCCGGUCAAAGUAGAGUUAGACCAAGGCGAAAACAUGAAAAAUUCAGGAUUAUUUUCAUUUUUUAAAAAUUUUUGAAGGAAAAGAAAAAGAAAACAAAUGAAAUAUCGUUCGCUUUUGUCAUGAACUCACGGUUCUAGGAUAUCUUGAUCCUAAAGCUCCUACAUAAAUUACAUAUGGCGAUUGUAUCCAACCCGUUAAAUUGGAGCACAAAUGAGCGCCUCUUUCUUCGCCUGCAACCCCGUCACUCCUCCCUUUUCCGCCUUCUGAAGCAACAGCGCUUUUGCUUUGCCUACUUAAAUAAUCACAAGUUCUCUCCCUCCUUCGCGAUGGAUGCGUCCCAAGCUGCUCCCUUAACGGCAAAUCUUGAAGGCCAAGAUGAAAGUAGUACAGACGAAUAUGCUUCUCAGGCAAAGUUACUCCAAGAAUUCACCAAUGUUUCAACCAUCAAUAAAGCAUGGGUUUUUAGUUCUAGUGAUGGAGCUAGCUCGCAAGCAAUGUUCUCUAUGAGCCAACCUGACCUUGUAGCAAACAAAAAGAGAACUUAUAUUUUAUCUUCUCAUAUUUCAAAGACAAGCAGUCAUGAAAUAAAUUUUCAUUGGUCUCCAAUUCCUAUUGAGCAAGUUGGUGUGUCAACAACUGUACCCUCACCAUCAGGCUCGAAGUUCCUUAUUGUUAGGAAUGGAGAAGGUGGGUCUCCAACGAAGCUUGAAAUUUGGGGCCCCUCUCAAUUGCAAAAAGAAAUAUGUAUUCCACAAUCAGUUCAUGGACCAUUAUAUACAGAUGGAUGGUUUGAAGGGAUCUCAUGGAAUCCUGAUGAAACACUUAUUUCUUAUAUCGCGGAAGAGCCACAGCCAUUAAAAACCAUGUUUGAUGGUUUGGGCAAUAUAAAUGGAGGAAAAACUGAAAAGGACUGCGGAACAUGGAAAAUUCAAGGAGAUUGGGAAGAGGAUUGGGGCGAAACUUAUUCUGGGAAAGGAAAGCCUUCACUUUAUAUUGUCCACAUUAACAGUGGACAUGUUCAAGCUGUUGAAGGAAUUCCAAAGCACUUGAGUGUUGGACAAGUUGUAUGGGCACCACCAUCUUUGAAUCAAACAAGUCAAUAUCUGGUUUUCGUUGGUUGGGCACCAGAAUAUAAUUCACAACCUUCUAGAAAGCUUGGGAUAAGAUACUGUUAUAAUAGACCAUGUUACUUGUAUGCAGUCGAGGCUCCUGUCCUUAAACAGAAGGGCGAAGAACUACGUAAUGACACAUCAAAGGUACACAUGAUAGCACAAGGGUUACGGAGUGCCUUCCUUCCUCGUUUCAGUCCCGAUGGAAAGGCCCUAGUGUUUUUAUCUGCAAAGAGUUCUGUGGACACAGGAGCACAUUGUGCCACCAAUUCACUUCAUAAAUUGGCUUGGUCCUCUAAUGUGGAACUACUUUCAUCAGUGAAGAUUGUUGAUUUGGUUCCAGUCAUCAUGUGCCCGGAGGAUGGUGGCUUCCCAGGACUUUAUUAUUCAACCCUACUUCAUAAACCUUGGCUCUCUGAUGGAAAUUCCAUGAUUAUGUCUUCUGUCUGGGGUAGCAGUGAAGUAGUACUCUCAAUAAAUACAACUAGUGGUGAGGUGUUGAGAAUCAGCCCUAAUGACUCACGUUCUUGGAAUGUCCUUGCUAUAGAUGGGGACAAUGUUCUUGCUGUUUGCAGUAGUCUUGUUGACCCUCCUCAAAUAAAAUAUGGGUAUCCUCUUGACUUGAAGGAACAUACAAAUGGAAUUGUUUCAUGGGAAUGGCUAGAUAUCUCUAUGCCUUUCUUGGGCUACCUCGAGAAGAUUAGAUCUCUGUUGUCUUCUAAGAGCUAUAGUAUAUUGAAGAUUCCUGUUGGUGCAAAGCCACCUAUUGAAGCUAUAUAUGUGUCCUCUGAUGGCCAUCAAUCUUUAGAAUCGUGCAAUGAAGUUCAAAGAAAUGGUCAAUGUAAUCCACUGAUAGUAGUGCUUCAUGGAGGGCCACACUCUACUUUCUUGACAAGCUACUCAAAGAACCUAGCAUUUCUCUCCUCAAUGGGUUUUAAUUUGCUUCUAGUAAAUUACAGAGGGUCAUUAGGAUUUGGUGAGGAGGCACUACAAUCUCUUCUCGGAAAAGUUGGGCGCCAGGAUGUUGAUGAUGUCCUUGCAGCAAUUGAUCAUGUCUUUAAAUUGGGGCUUGCAGAAUCCACUAAGAUUGCGGUUCUAGGAGGCUCCCAUGGCGGCUUUCUAACAACUCAUUUGAUUGGCCAGGCUCCAGAUCGUUUUUGUGUUGCAGCUGUUAGAAAUCCAGUUUGUAACAUCGCAUUGAUGAUUGGUACAACAGAUAUUCCUGAUUGGUGCUAUGUUGAAACAUAUGGUAGUGCAGGGAACAGUUUUUUCACAGAAGCUCCUUCACUUGAACAUCUUAGUGUAUUCUAUAAUAAAUCCCCUAUCUCACAUAUUUCAAAGGUGAAAGUACCAGUCCUUUUCCUUUUAGGUGCCCAAGAUCUAAGAGUUCCAGUUUCCAAUGGCAUACAAUAUGCACGUGCAUUGAAGGAGAAAGGGGUUCCUGUCAAAACCAUUGUGUUCCCUAAUGAUGUGCAUGGAAUCGACAGGCCACAGUCUGACUUCGAAAGCUUCUUGAAUAUUGGGUUAUGGUUUAAGAAGUACUGUAAAUGAUUAGGAAUUUCGUUUGGCUCUCGCUUAGAGUCUAAGCAUUCAAUUGCAGGCAUGUACUGUCAAGUCACUGAGUUUCAAAAAAAUUUAUUGUCUUCAAGAUAACUUAUGAAUACUUUGACAAUUUGCAUGUAACCAGGAAAUUAUAAACACAAUAUAAAAUGUUUGACUUUAGAUUUUUGAA